AUGUCUGAGACCAGUGAAGCACAGGCCGCCGGUAAAGCGAAAGAUACAUGCAUCACGCAUGAUAUCAAUGAUUCCAUCCAAAAAGAAGUCAGCCAAAUCCUGAAGAACUUCCAGUACGAUAUCAUGGGAGUCAUCUCCCUUGGUAAGGAUGGGAUCAUGCGUUCGCUGACAUGGGAUCGCCAAGUUCUCUCUGCAGAAGCCUUUAGUAAUCAGCUCCGCGUCGUGCUCAUAGCCAGCGUUGCUAACACCAACACAGCACCUGAACAAGUCGGAGCAUUCCUGUUACGCUUUAAAGGUACUUCUUUGGAAGAGUGGAACAAAACAUUGGAAAAUGCCGAUGGAACGAAGACGCCAAAAGAAAAGUGGUUCCAGCCAGACGAUGACAUUCUGCCACCACCGUUGUCGCGAGAGAAGUGGAACGAAGUAAAGAACGGUAGUGAGGAGAGUAAGGAGAAAUCGAGGCAGCUGCUGAGGGAGAGAGACAAGUAA